AACCUGAAAAAAAAAAAAGUCCUAAGCAGCAGGAGCAACAUAGUGUAAUGAGAGCAAAUAGGCAGCAGUGAGUGAGCUCAGAGCAGAACACAUUGAUAGCAGCCAACAACAGCCACAAUGGCCCCCCAGCUCCUACUGCUCAUCCUGGGCUACAACCUGCUCCCCGGGACCUCAGCUCUUACAAAGCAAAACUCUACGUCUGAGCCGACUGUAUCUCCAUGGCACCAGGAGGUGUCAGCAGAAUCCGUAUCAUUCUAUAAAGAGACAGAACCGUCAUUACAAUCAUCAGAUAAGUCUCGUGAAGCACAGCCUGUUAUCAGCAUUAGCGAGAGGGUUCAAGUAAAACCCCGGGAAAAAAAAGAUCUGGGGACAUUAGGGUAUAUCCUGGGAAUUCUCAUGGUUGUUAUAAUUAUUGUCAUCGGCAGUGGCAUUGUAGUUGGAUAUAUGUAUAAGAGGGCAAGAGACCUAAAGCGCAAGCACGAUCAAGAGAUAGAAGAGAGGCGAAUUCAGAGGAUAAAUUUACCACUCUCUGCAUUUUUGAAUCCAUCAUGUGACAUUGUAGAUGAGAAUACCAUAGAGAUUCCCUCUAGCCAUGCUGAACAAGAUGAAGAUCCCUUAAUGAACCAUACAGGCACACCUGGAGCAUGAACAAAGAUUUGGAUGAAUGAAAAUGUGGACAAAGACACUCAGUUUUAUCAGUGUGGACUGCACAUGGUGGCAUUAUCUCACCUUUCAGGAGCUGCACAGCAUCAUCAUGCAUAAAUAUGGUGAAGGCACAUGUAGUUGCUAGGUGUUUGAAUUAUUUUCCUCUUUGUAAGAAUUUGUUUCAUUGACUGGGCUAAGAAUCAAAUGGCCUUUUGGUCUGCUUUACAAUAUCCUCAAUUUUCUAUGUCUACAAUCUUCUAAUCCAAGACUGUCGUGGUCAGAUAUCCGCAGCUUCAAUAUCUACAAUAACAUUGACUGUUGCUGGCACUUUGUUUCCAGGCUCAAACCUUCAAUGAGCCACAAAAGGUGGAGGUGAUCUGCCCUCCAUGCUGUGUGCAUGAAGGGCAAUAAUGUAUAUAUUUCUCAAGCUGUGGAUGAGGUAAAUGUCUGAACCUUACAGGACCCUUGACAUGUAUGUGUGCGUUGCAGUACAUAUGUCUUUUGAUGCCAUCAUCCGCUACUAACAAGCUCUGAUGUCAUGGCACUGGUUAUAAUUGUUAACAGAACAGAGUUGAAUGUACAAAUUGUAUGAAAUCUGUUUAUUGAAGUUUUUUUUUUUUUUUUGUAACAGUGAGUGUUUUGCUAAUAAAAUGAGCAGGCAGAGCCUGUUGAAUCAAACUGC